UCAGCCCAUUAGACAGUUGUCGUGUGGUUGCUGAGGGGGGAGAAGGAAGAAAGAUACCGGGCGUGCUUAGUGUGGACUUCACCAACUUGGACUGGUUUGACUUGUCACGGGACUUAUUUGAGGAGAGAUGUCCUUAAGUUAACAAAAAAAGUUUGUCUCGUUUAAAACUAAAGGCGAGAAGGACGAGUGAUCUCGAGACACAAGUUGUUUAUAAUGGACAUUUUUUUUAAAAGCUGUGGUUCUCGGUGGCUACUGCCCAUCAGUGAUUAUUUGGGAUUUCCUCUGGAAAUGGUGAACUUCAUGGCAUGUCAGCUGUUUGCUCUGCUGUCUGCCUUCUGGUUUCGUCUCUACCUCACUCCUCGCCACAGCAACCCCCUGGUGAGGCACACAGUGGCCACUCUGCUCGGCAUCAUCUUCCUCAUCUUCUGCUUUGGAUGGUCCUCCACUCAUUUCUUGGCAACGGUUCUUGCAAACUAUCUUAUUAUGACCCAGGCUAACAUCAACCAUGUGCACAGAUAUACCAUGGUCAUGGCAAUGGGAUACCUGACUGUGUGCCAAGUCAGCAGAGUCGUCAUCUUUAAAUAUGGAAUACUGUCCACGGACUUUUCCGGGCCACUGAUGAUAGUGACCCAGAAGAUUACCUCACUUGCGUUCCAGCUCCAUGAUGGAAUGUGUAAGAAAGCUGAAGAACUGACCACAGAACAGAAGCUGCUGGCACUAAAUGUGAGACCUUCUCUCCUGGAGUACCUGAGUUACAAUCUUAACUUCUUGAGCGUCUUAGUAGGUCCGUUCAACAACUACAAAGACUACAUCGACUUCAUUGAGGGCACAAAUAUCAGCAGUCGACUAAGGCGACAGUCUAGCAUGCGUAACGGACAGAAUGACAACUAUAAAAUUCAAGACCCGUCACCUCUGAAUGCUGUGUGUAAAAAGUUGUUGGUGUGCUCUGGCUGCAUGCUCUUCUUUCUCAUCAUCACACGGUCGUUGCCAAUAAUGUACAACGUCAACCCCCACUUUGUCAGCCAUGCACCUUUCAUCACGCGACUCACCUACAGUCUCUUUUCAAUGCAAGCUGCAAGACCUAAAUUCUACUUUGCUUGGACAUUAGGUGAUGCUAUCAACAACGCUGCCGGUUUUGGUUUCUCAGGCAUGGAUGAAAAUGGAAAAGCUUCUUGGAACCUCAUCAGUAACUUGAACAUCAUUGGGAUUGAGACGGCAACAAGCUACAAGACUUUCAUAGACAACUGGAACAUACAAACUGGAAAUUGGCUUAAAAUGGUGUGUUAUGACCGAGCACAGCAUCACCGCCUAGCACUGACCUUCAUCCUGUCUGCCUUGUGGCACGGUGCAUACCCAGGAUACUAUUUCUCUUUUAUCACCGCCAUCCUGAUCACAUUGGUAGCACGAGCUGUACGAAAGUCAAUCCGUCACCACUUUCUUGGCUCCAGACGCUUAAAACUUGGUUAUGACAUCUUGACAUGGGCUUCCACCCAGUUGGCCAUCAGCUACACUUUCAUGCCUUUUCUGCUCUUGGCAGUAGAACCAACCAUGGUGUAUUACAGGUCCAUGUAUUUCCAUAUGCAUAUCAUCAGCAUCCUGGCUAUGUUUGUCCUGUAUCCCAAACUCAAAAGCAAAGCCUCUUCUGAAGCCACAAAGACCUCUACUCAACGUCUGCCUGUCUACUGCAACAACAACGACAAAACAAGCUGAGGCCUACCAUACUCCUAAAUUUCUUACCAACAGUGAAGUGGCAAGUACAGUAGUGUUAUGUAUUAUUUUAAGACAAUUCUCUCUUUGAGUGGACAUAGCAGAGCUCGGAUUAUGCUGCCCAUACAGUUGACACAAACUCUUUAUUGACAACAGUUGGGACAAGACGAGGGACUCACUGUGUCUGAAUGGGAUUCAGGCCAGUGCAGUGGGAGUGUGAAGGCUCACACAAGGGCAAAUAGGCACACACGCUGGACACAAAUACCACAAGACGUACUCACACAAGACACAGAAGGACAAAUAUGCACAGUGUGGCUGUGAUGGCACACAGAGGUUGUUGUGUGGCUGGAGCUGCACCCAUUGUUAACGGGCACUCCCAUGUGUUUAGGUGUGUGCAUACAAGGGGUUGUGUGAGUAAGUGUGUUCCAAGCAAGUGAUACCAUGUAAACUUUUAUUUAUAGGAGUGAUUCGCAAUUUUUUACAAAAAGUACCUUAUAAAAAAAAAAACAACAACAACAUUGAACAAAAUUAAUCACAAAAAGUACAAUGGAAAAAGCUCAGGUGUCUGACAAAAAUUAAAAUGUUUUCUUUAAUAUGUUUCAGACACUUUUGCAUAUUUAAACAUUAACAUUAAAAAUAAAACUGCAUUAAACAAAUACUUUUAAAAUUUAGAGUAAAAUAUAGCUAAAAAUACCUAAAUGAAGUUUUUAAAGAAAAGUGUUUUUUUUUUUUUAAUUAAUGCAAUUGUAUUUUACAUGAAAGUUAAAUACAGUUGAUAUAAAACAUUUCUGUAAUCAACAUGAAUGAAUAGCAUCUAUUUUGAAUUCUUGUAGUAUUACACUGUCAUAAUCAAAAUCCUACACUUAAUAUAGCGCUUUACACGCUGGGUAUGGAUGAAGACACUUUUUUUUUUUUUUUUUGCAAAGAUUCUUCUCUAUCACAAUAUUACAAGGUGUAUUGGGUCACUAUUGGCCAUUUACUGUAUUCUAUAUGUUGGUGUUCUAAUGGCUUGUUAAUAGUGCAAACUUCUGAAAAUGCAUGUUCUAUUUCUCUAACGAAUUCCCAGCACCUUCCCUUGUGACUUGUUUGUGUUCACAGUCUGACUUUCAAAUGGAAAUGGCUUCAGAGAAUCUAUUGUUGCUGAGUUUUACCAUGAAGCUAUUAUUCACUAGGAUCUUGCUAUUUUCAGUAAGUUGUAUUAAGAUUAAUUUAUAUUGAGGUAAAUGUAUUAAGAUUAAAUCUUCAGGGGUAAAUAGAUUAAUGCACGUAAAAAGAUAAAUCUUCAGUUCAAAAAUAUUUACACAGAUUUGUUUAUUGGUUGCAGAAAAAUGCUAAUAUUUAUUUACCUAUUGCCUGUUGCCUACUCGAGAAGAAAAAUAUUUGUUGAUUUUUGUUGAAUUUUAUUCAUUUGGUAAAUGAGUCAGUGCACAAUAUGAAUAAUUGAUCCAAUGUAAUUUUUUUGCACAAACAUACAGUGAGUGAGUGAGUGAGUGAGUUCUAUUAAUAUUUUUAGUGAAUUGUAUAUAUCUUUAUUGCGAGACAUAUAACCAAUAAAGCUUCCUGAAGACUUGAAAUUUUGAAAUGAAAUAAGUCUACUUUAUAAUGCAAGUAAGACAAAAACAGUGCUGUGUGUUCUUUACUCCCUGCCGAUUUUUCCAAAGUGUGUGUAUGGCUAUUGUGUGCGGUUAUUAAGAUGGCGCUCGGUGGUCUUAACAACAGUGUCAGCAAAAUAUGGGCUGUUAAUUAUUUACAGAUUGCUCUGAAACGGAUUUGUACAAUUGAAAAUGAAUGCAAAUUUUAUUUUUCUGAGGGGUAAAAACACUUUGAGCUGGAUAGGAAGCCUUCAUGUUCUUUUUGGUCAGCAGUGAUUUUGAAAUUGAUGCCAAUUUUGUCCUGACAAUCACUGAGGCAAGAGAGACGAGCAGUUUAUUUUUUGAUGUUGUCCUGGAAUCCCUUGUGAAUUUCUGUAUGAGUUAUUAUUGUGUACUUGUAGUAAUUUUUUGCAGACCGACCAUUCCUGGAAAGGGCCAUCGUUGUUCCAUGCUUUCUCCCUUGCUAGACAAUGGCUCUCACCAUGAUUGCCCACAGUUGAUGAAUGAAUCUCCCUCACACUGGGAUUAAAAUCAACAUCCAAAAUCUGCAUGUCACAGUUGAUAAACAAAUCUCCCUCACACUGGGACUAAAAUCAACAUUCAAAACCUGAAUUUUGUAUUUACGAGGCUUAUCUUUGUCUGUCUUUGUCAUAUUUGCAUUUGUUUGAUCAUCU